CUUUGACAGGCAAGCAAGUGAAAGAGGAACAGAGCAGCUGAAGACAUAACCCUUACAACAACUUCCAUCUUUGCAUCAGGAUGCCUGGGAGAGGAGGACAAUCUCUCUCCAUGGUGUGUGUAGAUGUCUGGAUUUUAGCUUUGUCUGUUCUAUCAGUCACGGCUGAUGCCACUUCUCCAGAAGUUACCGGGUCCUGUGAUUCUCAAGGACUUCCAGGAUUUCCAGGGCCCCCAGGCCCUCCAGGGUUUUAUGGUCCUCCAGGGCCCCAAGGCCCCCCAGGAUUGCGAGGACUACCUGGGAUUCCUGGAGACAUUGAGAGAUGCUUGUCUCCCCCUAAAUCCGCCUUUGCAGUGAAGCUGAGUGAUCCCCUCCCAGCCCCCUCCCAGCCCAUUGUCUUCAAGGAAGCCCUGCAUAAUGACCAGGACCACUUCAAUCUUACCACGGGAGUGUUCACCUGCACCAUCCCUGGCGUGUACCGCUUUGGCUUUGACGUUGAGCUAUUCCAGCAUGCUGUGAAGUUAGGGCUCAUGAAGAAUGGCACUCAAAUCCUGGAGAAGGAGUCCGAGGCCAAGGACAAUUAUAGGCAUCUUUCAGGAAAUAUCAUCUUGCAGCUGACAUUGGGAGACAGAGUCUGGCUGGAAUCCAAGCUAGACACAGCAGAGACUGAGAAAGGACCGGUUCAGAGUUUGUUCUUUGGGUAUUUGCUCUAUGGAAACUAUCCUGGCUAAAGGGUAAUGGCACACUUCAAUUCCUCAAGUGGUCCUAAACCUCACAGCAAACUUCCCUCCCCGCCUCCCAAUACUUUUCAGUGAUCAUUGAAUAAAUCACAUUAAGAAUGCCCAAUUUACCCGUGUGAAUAUAACCCUAAAAAGCAGUAAUGAUUAGUUAUCCAUUAACUGGUCAACAAUUUCUUAUUGAAAGCCCAUGAAAGUUCAUGUAUUCUUCUAUACCCUAGGAACUUUGGGGAGAGGGUAGGUCAGGAAACCAGAGCUGGUUGAGGCUGGGGAACCAGGAAAGUCAUCAAGCCUUUUCUAGAUUAUGUCUGAUAGUUUUCACCAGAGGGAAAAAAAUAGUCUUGAUCACAGCCCUGACACCAGUUCAAUUUCACAAUUUAUAGUAUAGCUAGGAAAGCAAAUAUCCCAAAGAGAUGAAGAAAAUUCACACUAAGCUAUGAAUACAAUCUACCAAGUACAUAGUUUGCAUUUGAUGCAUACUGCAUACUUUGAAGAUGGUUUGAGCAGGGAGCAAGGGUACAGAUUAAAGGAAUUAUUUUGUUGCUUAAUAGUCCUCAGAGACUAUGCAGCACCCAUUCUAUCCCUUGUUAAAUUUAUUUCUAACAGAGCUCGAACUUUGGGUUAUCAAUGAACCUAGUUAAGGGCUUGAUCUUCACCCUCUUUGCAAACCAUGGGUCACUUGUGACACCAUCUGGAGAAUGAAAUAUAGUCAGGCAAGCUUCCUGGAUGACUCUUUCAAAGACAAAUCCUCAAGUGACUUGUUCCUUUGGAUUUUUAUCCUUUGCCCUCUACUCUUCCCUCUUCACCCAUCACCCCUCCCCCACUCCCACACCCAAGAAGAUGCAAUGCCAGUGGCAGAAGCAGCCGUUUUGCAAACCUGAGAACAAAAGACAUGUAUUGCUAAGCAGACUGAAGGAGUAGGAAACAGAUCAGAUAAUGUCCUUGCACAGACACACCAGACUCACAGAUGAGAAUGACAAUCCCUGAUUUGAGUACGCCAAUGCAGACUGGCUUCUGUUAGAUGUAGCCAGAUGCAGCCCUGAUAAACCUGUUCUUUUCCUUCGCAGACUUGCUUCUCCCCUAGAGACUUCACCUACCAUCCACUCUCCUUACUCUUCCCCCUUUCCUUUCCAUCAUCUCUUAAACAUCUACACUGUGCUAAGAGAUAAUCCCUAACCUUAAUGAUCCCACUCUAGUUCACACACAGACACGAGAACAAGUCACAUCUCUGUAACGUGUUACCAGAGAUCAGAGAUCCCUGAUGCACACAGAGGCAUUCUCAGGGUUACUGUAUCAAUGUGUCCAAAACUGAAUUCAUGACUGCUUCUUCCUCUAACACCUCCUGUAUUUCCAUUGUUUCCUUUCCCCGUGAACAUCACCAUCCACUGAUUAGUGCCACCUACCUCCCCUCAUGUCACCUCCCCAGUCCAAUCUGUCACCAAGCUAAAUCAAUUUCCGUCGUUAUAUUCCUACAAGCAACACCAUCAUCUUCACCUGUCACUGUGCUAACUGAUGGGCCAGUCCUCCACUGGGUGCUCUUUGAUUGGAUUUAUCUCAUCCCAGCAGGGAAUGCUCAUUGCACAAAAGACAAGGUUUUCAUAUUAGUCUCUGGUUAAAAUCAUCUCAUGGCUUCUCAUUUUUCUUAGGAUAAAAAAUUGCUAAUAGAGUAAAUCUUAAAAGUUCUUGUCACAAGAAAAUAAAUUCUUUACCUAUGUAUGAUAACAGAUGCUAUGUAGACUUACUAUGGUGAUCAUUUCACAAUAUACAUGCAAAUAUUGAAUCAUUCUGUUGUGCAUCUGGAAAUAACUUCAUUUUGUCAAUGAUACCUCAAUCAAAAAAAUAAAAAAUAAAUUAUUGAUAUGAUUUACCUUA